GUAGGACUUCUUAAGAUAUGUGUGUCCAACAGAAAAGGCUGUGUUUUCGAUGAGAGCACCCUGAUUUAUUUUGCUGGUAGUUUUCCUGCGCACUGCAGCAGCAGUUAGGGUUAGUGUAAGUCUGGUUUGUAACAGCGCGAGGCAGAGCGCGCGGCGGAAACUGACGCGUCUGUGGUCGGCCGGUUUUGUGAGCGCGCGUUACCGAGGUUUCAGUUUUGCUGCGCUUUAAGGAGCGCGCACCUGUCCUCAGUGAUUUAUUACUGCUAGUGACGGAGCGAGACACGACACUGUAGCACGGCCUAAUCUGUCUGCAAUAAAUACAGUCAGAUAAUAAAAGUAAGAAGAAGUAUUACAUUUAAUGUUAAUUUUAUUAUAGCAACACCUCGGUUGGCUCUGGACGCAUUUACUGUCCUGCAGGACAAUCUUCUCUGUUGCUAGCUCUCUGUUCAUUAUGCCUCGUUCAUUUCUGGUGAAAAAGAGCAGGAAGGGAGGCUUUCGUUCCUCUCUUCCCAUCGCUGACGUGCCCUAUCUAGGCCUGGUGGGCUGGUCUGUCCCCAUAAAAGUGGCUACACUGCCAGAGGAAUCAGGCCAAGAGAUACAACCAUAUUCUCCUAUCAUACAGCAAAACAGCACACACAAUAGUCAUGAAAAUGACUGGAAAACAGAUCCAGCAGGUUUCCGGUAUGGCCCUCCUCCAUCUCCAGUGCACUGGUUACCAGUCAACUCUAGAGGCAUAACAGACAUACAAGAGCUCAACAGCAGAGACAGUUCAGUGGACUGUUCUCUGAUGAGUCCUCGGAGGGAUUCGGGCCCAAAACAUUGCAGCUUAUGUGGCAAGGUUUUCUCCUCUCUCGCCCGUCUGGAGUCUCACGUGUACAAAUUGCAUGGUAGUCAUCAUGGACGGUCUCUGGUAUUCCGUGACAGCAGAGACCCCUUGGUGCCAUGCAGGGAACGAACAUUUGAGUGCAAGGAAUGUGGGAAGGUAUUCAAACGCUCAUCCACUCUGUCCACUCACCUCCUGAUCCACUCGGACACGCGGCCAUAUCCCUGCCAAUACUGUGGCAAGAGAUUCCACCAGAAAUCCGACAUGAAGAAACACACCUUCAUACACACCGGAGAAAAGCCGCAUGUGUGUAAAGUGUGUGGUAAAGCCUUCAGUCAGAGCUCCAACCUGAUCACACACAGCAGAAAACACUACAAACUCUUCAGCUGAACACACUCUCCUCUAGGAAGAACCCAACCAAGACCUCUGUGAACUUACACAAGUUAGCUUUAAACACAAAAAGUAUUAUAAAUUAUCAAGUGCAUAGUUUCUUCUCUAUGUUUUUAAACCAAGUCAUUUAUUCACAGUGCAUAAGAGCGUUACGUGUGAGAUGUAAACGAAAGUGUCAUCAUAGCUGUACAUCAGUAAUAAAUGAAUGCAAAGAAAAAGAUAAAGUGCACAAUUAAAUGCAAUGUUGACUCAUAUAGAUGGAUCCGGUGAUACAGAAAUGAGUCAAGCAGCAAUGCAGCUGAUGGCCGCAAGUAUUCAUCCUGAGUCACUGCAAAACAAGUUUGUUUAUAGCAGUUCACACAAGUUGAACCUGUGCAUAAAUCCACAGAAAGCAACAAUCAGAUAUCACCAAGUUUUCACAGUUUUUUCUUCUAAAGCCCAUCGAUUUGAAAGGCAUUUUAAAACCUCACCAUAACAAGUAAAUGACUGUUCAAAGCUUUA